UCCAUAUACGCUGUGAAGACGACACUUACAAGUUCGUGACAAAACCCGGCGCCCUGACUCUCUUUGUGCAACACAGCGCUCAAGACCUAAGAGCUGCAAGCUUAUGCAGGCAUCCACGGCAUUCUAAAUGCCUGUUAAUCAUAAAACCCAGCCUUUUGUGAGGCCGCUCGGAGGUCUUCGGUUGACACCCUGAGGCCGAAAGGUGCUUCGCCUAACCAAUGAUGCUGCGCAAAUCCACCGGCAAAGCCGGGCGUCAUGACCUGCGUCGGGUGGCGAUGGCACUUGCCUUCGCGACGCUGUUUUUCCUACCCGACCUGGCCUCAACACAAACAACGUAUGGGCCCUGGAAUGCUACUGAAGACUUAAAUGAGCAACAUAAGGGACUUCUCGCCUUCAUCUUGUCGGGGGACACCAGCUUCUGGUCGCGCCCUGAGGUGGCGACACGGCUGGGCUUCGGCACAGCCCCGUGGCGCUGCAUCUCCAACUGCCAGACCCAGAUCUUCACCAGCGAUCAACAAUGCGCCCCGGACUGCGAGUCACGGACAUACUGCGAGCCCGGAGGUGCGGCGCUGGGCUCGGAGAACACGACUUGCUGCGCCCUCAGUCUGCUGGACCAGACGUACGCGUCGGCCCAGCCACCUAGCAGCACUCAGCCAGCCUGGUGCAGCACGUACCCGGGAUGGGGCGCGCGGCCGCGGCCGAGCGUUUGCGACUUUAACGUCUUUGCGGCGCGUGGCACGACGCCACCCGCGGGCGCCGAUGACCCAGACCUGGCGGUGUCGUGCAGCAGCGGCACAGUCCCCACCUACUCCAUCAGUGGCACAAGGUACCGCCAGAACGACACGGUGUAUCGCAUCAUGCACAACGGAGCCGUCACCAACCCGGCCAACGUCACGCGGAAUCAGGUCAAAAGCAUUAAACUGCGCCACAGUGCCAUGUGGCACCACCCCAGCGUGAACAUCACCAGUCCGCCGGAGUUCAGCCUGGUGUCGGAGCUGGCGUGCCUGCCGUUGGAGGAGAUUUUUCUGGAGGACGUGGCCCUGCGUGCCGACUACUCUGUCCUCAUGGCGCAGCCCAACACCACCCUCGACAAUGGAAAGGUUUUCAAUCUGUACGACCCCUCUACCUACCCAUUCAAUGUCACCGGGCUCUACAACAACGUCUUCAGCAUGCUGAUUGAACCGAGCUUCAUGCUUCAUUCCUCCGUCAGCGUGAAGGCAUCCAGCUUUAACCCAGGCCUGGCCCUGCGCAACGCGGCCCUGCGCACGUGCAACUUCGCACCCUUCACCGAGCUGCACGCCAUGCGGUGGACGGGCCAGGCACAGCUGGACUGGAGCGCGGAAUAUGCGCAAGCGCUGUCCUAUGUGCGCGACGGCAGCCAGCUGCGUCCCCGUGGCUGGCUGCCGCCCGUGAUCGAGCCCGUGUCGGCGCGGCUGCUGCUGCCCGACACGCUGCGGCGGCUGACCAUCCGGCGCACCCGGGACGAGCAGCACGGGGCGGUGCAGUGGACCAGCCGGCCGCUCAUCACCGGGCCGCUGCCGGGCGAGUGGGCGCUGCUCCGAAACCUGGAGUACCUGGACCUGAGCGACGAGAUGGAGACCGGCGCCAUUGUGGGGCCCAUCCCCUCGACCUGGCUCAUGAUGUCCCACCUGCGUGUGAUAAACAUGACUGGACAUCACAACUUCUGCAGGGACUGGCACAAAAUCAUCAGCUGGCAGAUCCGGAUGUACUACAGAGCUGCGACCCACGAGCCUAACUUGAAUGUGCCACACUACUACGGGCCCUGGGGCGGCAACAACGGGAACAUGACCAGGUACAACAUCAGCGUGUACGACCUGAGCGGGCACGGCUGGCAGUGGUACGACGAAGUCACCACCGAAGCCGGCUUCGUCGAGGUGAUCGCGCCGCACGGCCAGUGCUGCUGGGACAAGUGGUCCCAGACGAUUAAGGACAACAACUACGAGAUUCUGUAUCCAGAUGGCUCCAGGUUUGGCAAUAACGUUGUGCAGGACGAGAUAUACGGCGGCUUCUACCAGGAUGAGGAGUGGUGCGAGCCCACCUCGCCGCCGCAACCUCCCCCGCCGCCAGCACCACCGUCUCCGCCAUCGCCGCCCACCACACCCGACGUGCCGCCCAUGCCGCCAUCCAGCCCGCCGGCCCCGGUGAUGCCGCCUGCUCCGCCGCCGCAGCCACCUAUCCCCCCAGCAUCGCCGCUGACUCCUGCCGCGCCGCCGCGACCCCCCUUGCCCCCAACCUGGCCUGGCAAAUGGGAAGGCGCCUGGCCCUUCCGACCCCCAAUCCCACCCCGCCCUCCCAGGCCGCCGCCGCCUCCCUUACCACCAUCUCCUCCGCUGCCGCCUGUCACUCCGUCACCACCGCCCAGGCCUCCGCCACCUAAAUCGCCGCCUCCACCCAAACCAUCGCCGCCCCCGCGUCCAAGCCCUCCCCCAAGACCACCUCCCCGGCCCCUUCCACCAUCACCACCACCACCACCUCCACUUCCGCCCAACCCUCCUUCGCCUGCACCUCCCAGCCCACCGCCCCCACCUUCGCCCAGUAUUCCGCCACCUAGCCCUGGCCCUCCCUCGCCGGAGCCCCCCUCGCCAGCCCCGCCAAGCGCAGCGCCGCCAAGCCCAAUGCCUCCAAGCCCGGCACCCCCUUCGCCUGACCCGCCCAGCCCGAAGCCUCCCUCGCCGGUACCGCCAUCGCCGCUGCCCCCCAGCCCGGAGCCUCCUUCACCGGUACCUCCAUCGCCUCCGCCGGCAAGCCCGGAACCGACCUCGCCAGCUCCUCCUUCGCCGCCUCCUCCCAGCCCGGAACCGCCCUCGCCAGCUCCUCCUUCGCCGCCUCCUCCCAGCCCGGAGCCUCCCUCGCCAGCUCCCCCUUCGCCACCUCUUCCCAGCCCGGAACCGCCCUCGCCAGCUCCUCCUUUGCCACCGCCUCCCAGCCCGGAACCGCCCUCGCCAGCUCCUCCUUCGCCGCCUCCUCCCAGCCCGGAGCCUCCCUCACCAGCUCCUUCGCCUCCUCCUCCCAGCCCGGAGCCUCCCUCGCCCGCUCCUCCUUCGCCGCCUCCUCCCAGCCCGGAGCCUCCCUCGCCAGCUCCUCCUUUGCCACCUCCUCCCAGCCCGGAACCGCCCUCGCCAGCUCCUCCUUCGCCACCUCCUCCCAGCCCGGAACCGCCCUCACCAGCUCCUUUGCCGCCUCCUCCCAGCCCGGAGCCUCCCUCGCCAGCUCCCCCUUCGCCUCCUCCUCCCAGCCCGGAACCGCCCUCGCCAGCUCCCCCUUCGCCACCUCCUCCCAGCCCGGAACCGCCCUCGCCAGCUCCCCCUUCGCCACCUCCUCCCAGCCCGGAACCGCCCUCGCCAGCUCCCCCUUCGCCGGCUCCUCCCAGCCCGGAACCGCCCUCGCCAGCUCCCCCUUCGCCGGCUCCUCCCAGCCCGGAACCGCCCUCGCCAGCUCCCCCUUCGCCGGCUCCUCCCAGCCCGGAACCGCCCUCACCAGCUCCCCCUUCGCCGCGUCCUCCCAGCCCGGAGCCUCCCUCGCCGGUACCUCCAUCGCCGCCGCCUCCCAGCCCGGAACCGCCCUCGCCAGCUCCUCCUUCGCCGCCUCCUCCCAGCCCGGAGCCUCCCUCGCCAGCUCCCCCUUCGCCACCUCCUCCCAGCCCGGAGCCUCCCUCACCAGCUCCUUCGCCUCCUCCUCCCAGCCCGGAGCCUCCCUCGCCGGUACCUCCUUCGCCGCCUCCUCCCAGCCCGGAACCGCCAUCGCCAGCUCCCCCUUCGCCGGCUCCUCCUUUGCCCCUGCCCCCGAGCCCGCAUACACAAUCGCCACCCAGUCCGGUACCUCCCUCCCCAGCUCCAUCUGCACCCUCCCCACCCAGCCCACAGCCGCCGUCUCCUUUGGCUCCAUCACCACCCAGCCCCGCUCCCCAGGCGCCAUCAUCACCGUUUCCGCCACCGCAGCCCACGGCUCCUACAGCACCGCCGCCACCAUUUCCUCCCUCCCCAGCUCCGCCCAGCCCCACGCCGCCUUCACCGGAGCCGCCGGCACCUCAGCCUCCUUCGCCAACGCCUCAUGCACCCCCGAGCCCAGAGCCCCCUUCGCCAACACCUCCGUCCCCACUUCCACCCAGCCCGGAGCCGCCAUCGCCUUCCCCGCCAAGCCCGGCGCCCAGUGUUCCCUCUCCUCCCAGCCCCGCGCCUCCGUCCCCAAUGCCUCCAAGCCCCGCCCCCUUGGCACCACAACCUCCCUCACCCACUCCACCCAGUCCGGCGCCUCCUGUGCCUCCAAGCCCCGAACCGCCUGUGCCUCCCGGCCCGGAUCCACCGUUGCCGCCCAGCCCCACCCCUCCCAGCCCGCAGCCGCCAGUGCCUCCUAGCCCAACCCCCCCCAGCCCGCACCCUCCUUCGCCCGCUCCACCCAGUCCAGCACCAUCUGCACCUCUGCAGCCAUCCCCAGACCCCCCCUCACCGCAGCCUCCCAGUCCUGCGCCCGGGCCGCCACCAUCGCCACCAUCGCCACCGUCCACGCCUUCACCUCCCUCCCCAGCGCCUCUGGCCCCUGCACCACCGGUUCCCCCCAUGGCCCCUCAGCCCCCAUCGCCGCCGCUGCCCAGCCCUCCCUUCCCACCGCAGCCAUCCCCGACCAUUACUCCAGCAUCUCCCCAGCCGGCACCCGCCGCAGCAGUGCUGGACUGCAGCGCUGCAGCCACACGCACCAGCUUCGCUGUGGCCUCCAGCUCUCGAGGCGCCUUUUACAUUGCGGUGGCCGUGCCCGCCUCCUCCCCCUCCUACUGCCAGGUGUGCGGCUGUGAGCUCUCCUACGCGGUGCUGGAUCCAGGCGCCUCGCAACAGUACGUCAUACCCAGCAGCGGCAGCAGCAGCACCGCAGGAGGCUCGCCCACAGUUGCAGUGACCAGCAGCGUGUCGACUCCUGCCGGUGCUGGCGGCCUCGGCAAUGGCACCCACGGCAGCACAGCCCGGCGGCGGGCGCUGGUGGUGGAAGCCACGGCCAGCUCCAGCGGGCCGGCUGCUGGUGUGGGUGCGCGGCACCUGCUGCUGGCGGCCACCGCCAACUCCACGACCCUGGAGGGGCUGCUGGCGACUGGCAGAAGCCGCUCGGCAGCUGGCGCCGGCAUGGGCAUGAGCCGUCUGCAGGUUGUGGAUGUGCAGACUGGUGGCCUGGACCCCGUCACGGCGGCUCCCCCCACUGGCACAAGCCCCAACACCACAUCCGGCGCCGGCGAGGCGGGCGGCAGCGGCACCGUGCGCUACAGCAGUAUGGGCGCGGGCGGGUCGGGUGGCCUGGACGCAGCGUGGCGACUGACGCCUGGCGCCACCGGUGACUACCUGCUGCGUCUCAAGGUUGCGGACCAGGAGUGGUGGCGCUGGGUGUCGGUGGACAUUGACCCGCCCCGCGCGGCAGGACAGCUACUGCUGGCCCGCCGCACAGGCGGCAGCAGCAGCAGCAGCAACAGCACGAGUGGCAGUGGGGCGCUGGCUGCAGCUGAGGAUGAGGUGCAGGUGGAGGUGAACGCGGCGCACGCGGCGGCGGGGGCUACUGCCGUGUCGGCCCAGGCGGCGGUGGUGCGGCUCAUGAUGGCAGUCAUCGCCAUGUCCGAGCCGGUUCAGCCCUUCAGCCUCACCAGCGCCUUGCGGUUGAGUGGCGGCGCGCGGCUCCUCAGCACCCAGUGCUUCGCGUCCGCCACCGCCGCGGCGGAGGUCGCGGCAGCGGCCGGAACUGUGGAUGCAAGCACGCCGCCGGGCUCUGAUGCUUCCAGCAGCGCUGCAACUGUUGCACCGGCUGCGAUUGCCCCUGUUAGCGGCAGCACCAGCGGCACCAGCAACAGCAGCACCAGUGGCAGUGCGUACGUCCAAUCGUGUGUGGCGGUGCUGUUCGCGGAGCAGGACGCAACGCCGGAGCUGUUGCUGCCGCCGGGCACACUGACCGACAUGCACGGCAACAUCAAUGCCGAGCCGCUUAUUCUAUCGGUAAAUCUGACGGCAUCCGCCGACAGCCUCUCAACGGUGGAGCGGGCAGGCGCGCCUGUGGCUGCGGCGGUGGCGGGUGGCGUGUUCGCCAGCGCUGCCUUUACCUCAGCCUCCGCCUCCUUCCUGUCCGCCUUCUCAUCCCGCUCCUCACUGCUGCAGAGCGGCUACCACAUCCAGAUGUUGGCCAUGUCCAGUAGCCUGGCCUCGCCCGGCAUCAGCCCCGCCUUCCGCCGCAUCUCGCGCUACCUGCGCUGGUCGCUGCUGGGCAUCCAGGGCAACAUCCCCCUGCUUGACGGAGCCUUCUCCUCGGGCAGCGCCGCAGCCGGCUCCGGCUCCGGCAGCAGCAGCAGCAACAGCAGUAGCGGCGGACUGGGAGACGUAGACGUGGCGGCUGUAGCACUGGACAGGCUGCAACUGUCGGUCCCGCCUCCGCUGCCCGCCGCCGGGGACGCUGCGUCACAGGCCCAGCCACCCGCCAAUCUGUCGCCGCCGCCUUCUGCAUCACAGCUGGUGGCCGAUGGCUCCACCGCCCUCGCCGGCCGUCGCAGUCGCAGCCUUGUGCAGGCGGCAGCGCCGGUGGCCCCAAGCCCUCCCUUCACGCAGGCGCCGCCGACACCUGCUCCUUUUGGCACGACCGGGGCGGCACCCGCGCCGCCGCCCGCGCCGCCUCGGCAGCCUAGCACGCCGCCUCCUGCCCCGCCACCCAUGCCGGCCCUCAGCCUGAGCGGCGAUCGCGACGUGCUUGUGUCAUGGCUGCAGCAGGUUGGCGCAAUCGGCAGCGGCAGCAACAGCAGUGGUGGCGGCAGUGCCACAAGUGACUCGGCGUCUGUCGGCGCCUACUCCUUGGGAGGCGCGGCCGCCAGCCCGCGCGGCGAUGUUGUGGUGCUGCCGGACGGCCAGCUGGGGCUGCUGGGCCCGGGCGGCAGUGCCCCGCCACCCAUGCAGCCAGGCUCCGGCUCCGGCGGCCAGCAGAGCUCCGGCGCUUCGGUGGCGACCGACACAACCAUCCACACAAACGUGCAGGACCUGCUGUACACGCUGGCCAUUGCGGCGCUGCUGAUGGUGGCGCUGGUGGCGGCGCACCUGCUGGUCAUAGGGCUGUGGCGCCUGGCCGUCAUGUACGACGUCUGCGGCGCGGCCGAGAGCGGCGUGGAGGGACUGCACCCCGUGCUGCGCUUCCCACGGGCUGAGAUGGUGCUCGGAGGCCUGCUGCUUGUGGCGCUGACGUUCUACUCGGCGCUCACUCUCAGCGGCGCCGCCUCGCCGCGCUGGGGCGACAACACCGCCGCCGGCCGCCUGAUCGCGGUGCUGGUGCUGGCGGUGCUGGUGGUGCCCUACGGGCUGCUGCUGUGGUGGCUCACUGUGUGCCGCUGGUACCUACAGGAGGAGGAGGUGGACCACUACAUGCUGGGGCCGCACUGGCAGGCCUUUGAUGGCGUCAUCCCGGGCGGCGGAGCCGGCGCCGGAGGUGACGGCGGCGGCCAUGGCGCCUCAGCCCUCCCUGCAGUGGCUGGCUUCGGUGGGACCGGCGGCGGCGGCGGUGUGGCGUUUGCGGCCUGCCAGGCCGAGCCCGGAAGCGGUGAUGGCGGCAGUGGCGGCGGCGAGGAUGGCUAUGGCCUAGGCCCCCACUGGGCGCUGGCUCCUGCUGGCGCAAAAACGCUCGACUAUGAGUCUAUUGCCUCACCCGCGGCGGGUGCUGGCAGCGCUGCUGGUGCCACUCGCACUGAUGCUGCCGGCUCCACUGUCGGUGGCGCCCAGAGCGGCAAGGGCCGCCCCCGCACCCUGCGCAGCACAGACGUCACUGCAGGCGGCGCGGCUGCAGGCACUGCUGCCGCCGCCGCCACUGCUGCUGCUGCUGCUGCUGGCGCACCUGCUGGAGCCGCCGGUGGCGAUGUUGGGGCCGCCUUCCAGCGACGCUACGGCGAGGCUGACGACAACCACGGCGACAGCUAUGACGGAGAGGACGGAGAGGGAGACCUAGACAUGGCGCCCUGGCGGCGCCGUGGCCCGCCGGCCGACGGUGUAGAUGCGGCCGCACCUGCAACAGCAGCCAGGAAAAUGGCAGGCAGCGAUGACGGCGCCGCCGGUGAGCGCCGCCGGGCCAACCCCCACGCACGCAAGGGCUCUGCGGACGGCGCGGAUGGCGGCGCGGGCGACCCGCAGGCCGCUGGACGACCGCUGCUCCGCCGCGGCGUUAGCUACGGCGACAACCUACUGACCGCGGGGGCAAACACACGCGGCAGCGCGCUCCGCUCCACCCCUGGCCCAGUCGCGGACGACGACGCGCGCUCGCGCUUCCGUCGCAAUGUGACCUACGCCGCCGGCGACAACGCGCUCACCUCUGGAGCGGCAAGCGCUGGCGCUGCCCCCAGCAGCCCCACCCGCACCCAGCCCGACAGCCCCCAAGCGCCCUUGUCCCCGCGCCGCGGCGCCGCCAUGGGUUCCAACGCCUACACAGCCGGCGCCUCACGCUUUGGCGGCCCCCGGACCCGCGCCGACUCCCCACCACGCGCCGCCUCUCCACCUCCCGAGCCCGCCUCUCCUCUGUCCGGCGACGCGGGCGCCAUCAGCGAGGUCGGCUUCAACGCCAUGGUAUCUGGGGGAUCGAGGCCGCCGCGCUCCGACAGCCCAACCAUGGAAGACGAGGCCGCCGCCAUCCGGAUUCAGCAGGACGCAGCCGACCCAGCGGUAGAGGCCAACAGGUCACGGCGCAAGCAGGCGGGCUCUGUGGAGGAGCAGCAGGUGGCGAUCAACCCCAUGGCGGUGCCACGCGCCUCCGUGCUGGAGCGACCUGACGUCGCAGCCAGCCUGGCCGCCGCGGUAGCUGCCAGCGGCGCGCCGCCACAAGGCACAGUGCCGCUGCCGCCCAUCACGGAGGCGACUGGACCCAAUGGCCUCGGCAGCAGCCCCCGCGACGGCCGCGUGUUGACCACCGCCUCGGUGUCCCACGGCCGCGACACCAGCCGCCUGCUGCACCCCAUGGCCCGACCCCGCAGCCUCGGCGCCUCCCUCGUGCCCGCCUCAGCCACCACGAAUGGCGGCAGCGGCAACAGCAGCGGCAACGGCAGGGAAAGCGGCAGUGGCAGCACCUCCGGUGCUCCCGCCGCCAUGCCGCGCCCCCGUGUCGGCGGCGCGCCCAGCAACGUGUCUGCUGCUGCUGCUGCUGCAGCGCAGCCCGCUGCGCAUCAGGACUUGUUUGGUGAGCUGGAUACGACUGUGGUCACGCCAAAGAUGGCCGCUGAUGCCGGGGCUGCGAGCCCACCGCCCAACCUGCCCUCCCCUAUGAUGCGUUUGGGCUCGCGACUGGGUCUGGUGCGUGGCGGCAGCAACAGCGGCGCCGCGCAGGUGGCCCCCGCCUCGCCGCUGCCAGCCAAGGCCCCGUCGCCGCCGGCCGCGGCGGCUCGGCCGCGGCCGCCGGGUGCUGUGACCACGAAUGCCGCCGUACCCAUGCCCCCGCCGCAAAAGGUCUUCCGUAGCCCCUCAGAGCCGGCCAACGCACGGGCGCAAGGCGCCGCGCCGCCGGCAGCCGCCGCUGUGGCCAACGGUGGCGGGCGUGAGCUGAAACAGCAGCCAGCCGUUCAAACAGUCAACAGCACCACCAGCAGCAUCAGCGCCAACAGCAGCGGCAGCGGCAACCCGCUCGCCCGCGCUCUUCGCUACAUGUCGGUUCCCAAGCCGGGAGCGCAGCCCGCCACCGCUAGCAACGCCGCGCCUGCCGCUGCUGAGGCUGAGCCGGCGGGUCCUCCAAGCCGGCACACGGCCUGGGGAGGCUCCUUAUCCCAGCCGCCUGCAGCUGCAGCAGCUGCAGCCGGCGCCCCUCCCUCGCCUCCCAUCGCGCCGCAGUCCCCGAUGCGCCUGCCCAUGCCGCCUCCCGGUGCGGGUGGCGCAGGAGGUGCCGGCGCCAAGGCCGGCGGCGGCUUCACCCGCUCGCCUCAAGCCAGCAUUGUUAUGGAGUCCUCCCCUGCUGCGGGCCCGGUGUGGCCAGCCCGGCGCCGCAACAACCGCGCCGCCAUCAUGGAUGAGGACGACCUAGUUGCCGAGGGCGGUGGCGCCGCCGGUCCCGUGGCGGAGGGCGCGGAGGCUCCUGACAGCGCCGGCCACUACUUCGGCGGCUGGGAGGACGAGGACCCGCGCCUGCUGCUGCGCGAGGCACCACGCAGCCCUGUCAUGCCGCCGCCGCCGCCCCUGCGUGCCGGCGGCACCGCUCGGGGCAGCAGCACUGGCGGCAUGUCCGCAGCUGCCGUCAGCAUCCACUCCCAUUCCCCCUCUUCCUCCGCCCGCGGUGGUGGCAGUACUGCUGCUGGCCACUACAUGACCUACAACCCCCUGUCACUGCCGUCCGCCGUGAGCGCGGCAGCGGAGGCAGCAGCAGUCACUCCCAGUGCUCUGGCCUCGCCGCCUCUGCCGCUGUCGCUGCUGCCGCCGCGUGGCCGCAGCCAACAGGCUGCAGGCAGCCCCCGCAGCGUGCUGCUCCUGCAGCGCAGCAGCACGUUCGCACCCAACCCCACAGCCAUGGCCAUCCUGGGCACACGUGGCGCCGGUGGUGUGGGCGGCUGCUCCACACGCAGCCUGCAGUCGGCGGUGGGCGAGGGCGUGGAGGGACCGCUGCUGCCCAGUGCGGGUGCGCUGGCGGUGGUGGGCUCACCCAAGAGCGCCGGCGGGGCCAUCAGCGUCGGAGGUGGCGGCGGCGGCCGCAAGUCGGUUGCAGACCUGGACGCGGAGGAGGCUGAGGUGAUGCGGCAGAAGCAGCUGGCGGCCCUGGAUGACUGGAGCGAGGUGGUGGACCCAGGGCCGGGCGGGCCGGCCGGAGCUAUCGCGGCGCCGCCGGGUGUGGACAAACGGCUUCUGCCGCUGUACCCUGGCAAAGAGUUGCCCAUGUACCGCCUCGGCUACCGGCCGGGCUGCUGGCCUCUGCGGCUGCGCCUGACGCCGCCGGUGUACCUGCUGGCGCGCUUCGAGUUCCUGUUCGAGGACGCCAUUGGGGAGGGGCCCCGCGAGCAGCACGGUCGUGAGACGCCCCUGAUCCUGUGUGUGACCGCCGUCAACUUCAGCCACAAGGUUCUGUGCGCGGCGGUGUUCGGCGGCUUUGGGCUCCUGGAGCGCAGUGUGCCGCAGCUGGGCUUCCUCAUGGCGCUGCAGGGCGCCAUGCUGGUGUACCUGGCGGCGGUGCGCCCCUUCCGCGAGGCGCUGCUGCAGGCGGUGGAGCUGACCUGCCAUGCGCUGGAGGCCGGCCUGUUCGCGUGCGCGCUGGCGCUAGUCAACGCACAGCCCAACAACGGCGCAGCCACCACCUACGUCAUGGUUGCCUGUUUCUUCGGUGUGGCGCUGCUGGUGAUCGUGUACGAGCUGCGGCGCCUGGCGCUGCUGGUGAUGGCGCUGUGGCGCAUGUGGCGCGAGCGCGGCACACAGGCGCGCAGGGCCAGCCACGCCAUAAUGGACGAGAUGGAGGGCGGCGGCGUCAGCGCCGCCGCCGCCGCCGCCGCCGCGGCCAGCCGGACGCCCUCCGCACUUGCGCCCCCUGUUUCCAUCACCGCGCGCAGAUCCAGCGCUCUGAAGGAGGGAGCUGUGCGCACCGGCGUAGCGAGUUCCCUUUCUGAUGGUGGUGGAAGUACGCCGACUUCGCCGCUUGGCGCUCAGCCUCAGCCUUCGGCGGCGGCGCCCACGCGUCGCAGCCGCCGCUCAAGCGCCGCCGGCGGUAGUAGCAGCAGCGACGGCGGCACCGCCGGCCGCCAGGCUGCUGCGGCCAUUGCCGAGUUGGCGCAGGGGCAGGAUGGCCCAGGCGGCGAUGCUGUGGGCGAGGCGGCGACUGCGCAACCCGAGACCUCCACCGCCGCCGGGGAAAUUGCAAUGCGUGGCGCCACCGCCACGGGCGCCGGUGCAGCGCGGUGAAUGACUGCCAUCAAUCACCACCAGCCGCCCCGGUAUCUUGAACGGGUGUUGCUAGUUAUGCUGCUAAGAAUUUCUAGCAGGAGAGACUAGCGGCAAGGAGUGAAAUGUGUCUAAGAGGCGCGGUUGUAAAUGGAAAGUGCAUGCGUGUGUUGUAUUGUGAAGCGACGACGGGGUACACAUUCAUCUUUUUUACUAAGAGACGCAAUGGUGAUGAUGAGAGUUGUACGACUAAUACAUUCGCGGAAAUGCAUCCAUAGCAUUUGUUUUACACGUAACCGUACGUAACACGUACGCGCGCACGGUGCCAUGGCAUUGAAUGUGCCCACCGCGGGCUGAUGGGUCGUCUGGACGUGUCGACGAUGAGACUGAUGACCCGCUGACCUGGCAAGCCUCCUGUUAUGAAUGGAUGAAUCUGCCGAUAUCGAUGCGACCAGCUAGCAUGGUCUUAUCAUGGUGUGGAGUGGACAGGGCGCAGGGCACACAUGAAAAAGCAGUUGCGCCCGGCAGGGCAUAGCACGCAGGAGCCCAGGCCGCGGCGCCAUGGUGGGGCCCUGAGCGCUGCCCAGCCAGGCGAGCGACGCUCUUGUGCCAUAGACCGGCGCCCACAGGGGGCCGUAAGGCUAUGUGACAAGGCUGUGACAUACAUCAGGGACAGGAGACAGCGAAAGGGGCGACAUAAAGCCCGUAUGAUGUCCACACGUCCCUCUGUGCACCUCCCUCUCACCCUGCAUCACCGCUGCCGCCGCUCGGCAAACCAGUCACGAGCCCCGGGGCGUGCGACCGGGCGCAGGCCGGCUGCCGGCGUCAUAAUACGGCAAACAUAUGUGACAUGUCAGCUGCUAUGCACAAGAGGGUCCAGGGCAUGUGGUUGUGAGCGCGCCGGAGUGCAUGCAUGCCUUCAUUUGUGGGCAUGUGCACGUGCCCGCUGCGUGGCAGCGUGUGUAGCACAAAGUGCCCCGGAGGCUGUGCGGCGCGCCUGCCCCGCCCCGCGGUGUCAAGCUACACUAGGU